AUGGGAAAGUUGAUCAUUCUUCUUGGAGACCUAAACUGGGAUAUGCUUAAGCCCACACCUGGAUCAGCGUCUUUGAUCAAGACGACAAAAGAACUCAACCUUAACCAGUUAAUAAAAUCACCAACAAGAAUUACUGAAUCCAGUCAGACCCUCGUCGACGUUAUUUUCGUAUCCUCGCCAAGACUAGUAGUCAACAGCGGCGUCAUAGAAACCUGUAUCAGCGAUCAUUUCCCUGUGUAUGUAUCACUAAAACUUAAAACCGACAAAUCUCCACCAAACUAUAUCACUACCCGCAGCUACAAUAAAUACGACCCUGAUUUGUUCGCGAUCGAUCUGGCAUCCAACCGUGGUCGUCUUGUUUCCAUUUUCAGAAUGGACAAUGUUGAUGAAAAACUAACCAUUUUUAAUGAAAUAUUUUUAAAUACAUUGGAUAAACACGCCCCAGUAAAGACCAUAAAAGUACGCGGAAAAUCUUGCCCAUUUAUCACCCCGGAAAUAAAAGCAUCCAUGAUCAAAAGAGACCAGCUCCACAGUCUUUUCAGGAAAACACGUGAUCAUUAUGAUUGACUUAAUUUCAGAGAGGCCCGCAAUUUUACAAAAACCGCACUUGUUAAUGCACAGAAAGAAUAUGUACUGAAGGAAGUUCAGCAACACAGAAACAAUACUGGGUCACUUUGGAAGGUAAUUAAAGAAAAUAUAGCGUAUAGGGAAAGAGAGUCGGUGGUUUACAGUAAGGAACCGAAAUUAGUGGCCGAAGAGUUUAAUCAUUUCUUUUCCACCAUUGGUGUGAAUGCAGCAAAGAAAGCCUCAACACUAAUACAAGAUCCUAGUGUUUAUCCAGCUCGGAAUCUUUCUGACGUAAAUCGCACAGAUAACAGCUACCCUGAAGAAAAUGAUAGAUUUAGUUUCACCCCAGUCCCUUGUUCAGAAAUAAGGAACAUCAUAUUAGCUAUGCCGUCAAACAAAUCACCCGGCAAAGACAAA